AUGGUACAGCUUCCACAAUCACAAUUAUCAACAAUAGUGCCAUCAUCGCCGACAAAUGAAGCCCAUACGGCACCCAACAAAGACGACGCCAAUUUUAUACAGCCACCAUCACCAGUCUUUGUAUCAGAAAAGAGCAACCAAGGUCGUACGGCUGAAUCAAGUACAUGCAGCUUACAUUCUGAAACGCUUGGUACAGCAUGGAUUACUGUUGAUGAACGAGGCGGCAUCCAUCAUCAUUACAAUAUAGACGACGAUGAUCAAGGAGGCUUUAAGAGUGACCCACGAUAUGGAGGAAGUUUACCAUCUCCAUGGUUACAACGUCUUGUGCGAGGACGUGAGCGGAUGCGUUGGGUAUCUGGUGUUGCUGGCAUACUCGUUUUAUUACUUUUCAUUAGCUGUAUCGUCUUUUGGGUGACCAGCGGGCUUGUGCCAACGUCCACAAAAUACUCAACGUCUCAUGCUCAAGGACCACCCAAACAACAACCGCUUGCAUCAAGCAAGGCUUAG